AUGGGGGUACAGACGGAGGAGGCUCAUCAGAUGCCUCGGAGCACGCGCGUGUGCGUCAAGGGGUUGCCAGAAUACGUGACGGAGGACAGACUGAGGGAGCACUUUUCCAUCAAAGGCCACGUCACCGACGCCAAGAUCAUGCGCACGCGCGAUGGGCGGUCGCGCCAGUUUGGUUUUGUGGGCCUGCGAUCAGAGGAAGAGGCAGCGGCGGCGAUAGCCUACUUCAAUCGCUCCUUCAUGGACACCUUUCGCCUCACAUGCGAGUUCGCAAUGCCCAUUGGUCACACAGCGUUACCUCGUGCAUGGAGCAAGCACACGCAGGCCAAAGCGACCAAGGGCGAGGGGAAGACGGGCGAACAGGGAGCAGCAGAAGUGGGAGGGGGGAAACAGGGUGGGAAGAAGGCGGAAGAUGGAGGGGAUGGGGGGGAGGGUGGGGAGGGAGCAGAGGGAGUGGGAGGGGAGAAAGGGAAGAAGAAGGCAGGGAGGGUGGUGGGAGGGGUGGCUGUGAAGCAAGCAGCGCAGGAGGAUGAAGGGUUUAGGGAGUUUCUAGAGGUGAUGGAGCGAGGGGGAAAGAAGAAGGUUUGGGCGAAUGAUACUGUUGAUGGGGAUGGGGGGAGGGGAGGGGGGGUGGGGAAAGGGAGGAGUGGUGGGAGUGUGAGUGGAGGAGUGGUGGAGGUGGAGAGGGGAGGGAGGAAGAGUGGGGAGGUGGAGGAAGGGGAGGAGAGUGAUGAUGAGUUGUAUGGGGAUGUGAUAGUAGAGGGGGAUGGGAGUGAGGAGGAGGGGGAAGAGAGAGGGGACGGAGAUGGGGAUGAGGAGGGGAGUGAGGGGGAGGAGGGUGAGGAGGGGGAGGAACGGGAGGAAAGUGAGGAGGAGGAGGGUUUGAGUAAUUUGGAUUAUCUCAAGAAGAAGGUUGCUUCGAAUUGGAGUGAUGAGGACGAUGAUGAUGAGGAGGAAGAGGGGGGAAACGAGGGAAAUAAGGAAAACGUGGGGAGGAGGGUGGGGAACCAGGACGAGAGUGAGGGAGAGGAGGAUGGAGACGUGGAGGAGGGGGGAGAGGGGGAAGAAGAAGAGGGGGAGGAAGAGGAGGAAGGGGAGGAGAACGAGGAUGAAGAGGAAGAAGGGGAAGAAGGGGAGGAAGAAGAGGAAGGGGAAGAGGAAGGCGAUGGUGGCAACACGGAUGGUGUUGUGGAUGGGGCAGCAGCGGAGGAGGGAGGCGGGGCAGUGGUGGAUGGAGGGGCAGCGGAGGACGUGAGGGAGACGGGGCGGCUCUUCCUCCGCAACCUCUGCUACUCCGCCUCCUCAUGUGCUCCCUCCGGCCCCUUCCACACGCACCUGUUUAUACCCAACCCGCAUCACAGGGAAGACGAUCUGCGUGCCCUGUUGUCCCCCUUCGGCUCGCUGGCAGAGGUCCAUCUGGUGGUGGACCGACACACCAAGCUCUCCAAGGGCUUUGCCUAUGCGCUCUUCACCGUGCCUGAAGAUGCCGUCAGUGCUAUGAAGGCCCUCGACUCCUCCAUCUUUCAAGGCCGUCUGCUGCACGUGCUGCCCGCACACAGGCCACCACCCAAGAAGGAUGAGGAUGUGAACCUGCAGGCAAAGACGUUGAAGGAGAGGAGGGAGGAGGAGAGGAAGAAGCGUGAGGCAGGAGGGGACACCCGUGCCUGGAGCUCCUUCUAUAUGCGACCUGAUACGGUGGCUGAAGCGGUGGCCCAGAGAUACGGAGUGGCAAAGAGAGAUCUGCUCGACCCAUCAGCGAGCGACACGGCAGUUCGACUUGCCUUAGGAGAGGCGCACAUAGUGGCAGACACCAAGCGCGCCCUGCUUGACGCCGGCAUCGAUGUGGCUCUUAUGGAGCAAUUCGCCACCGCCGCCACCGCUGCUGCCGCUGCUGCUGCCGCUGCUGCUGCCGCUGCCAAGGCAGCUGGGAAGAAGGAUGCCAAGGCAGAUGGCGGUGCUGGUGGUGGUGCUGGUGGUGGUGUAAGCAGCUUGGCGCGCAGCAGGAGUGUGAUUCUGGUGAAGAAUCUGCCGUUCAAGGUGGAGGCAGGGGAGCUGGUGGGGCUGUUCCAGCGGUUCGGACCGGUGGCGAGGUUUGUGCUGCCUCCUACCAACACUGUUGCAUUGGUAGAGAUGGCUGAUUCUGCUGAUGCCAAGAGGGCCUUCAAAGGCCUCGCCUAUAAAAGAUACCAGCACGUGCCACUCUACCUCGAAUGGGCACCAGAAGGAAUCUUCCUAGAACCCGCAGCACCAUCAGACGCACCAGCUCAGGCAAACACAACAGCAGCUGCAGCAGCAGCAGCAGCAGCAGGAGGCGGGCGGGGGGGCAGGAGAGGGAGGAGCAAGAGAAGGGAAGGAGGGAGGUGGGCUGAAGAGUAUGAAGAAGCAGGGAGCGGUGGGGUUGCUGCCGGUGGUGCUUCACCGUCCUCCCUUUCCCCUUCUAAUGCCUUCCUGUUUCCCCUUCCCCCCUGCCCUCUUCUUCUAGUGCUUUCCCGUCUUCUCUUCCCCAUUCCGCCUCUUUUUUCCGCUUCUAAUGCUUUCCCUUCCCCCUUCCGCCCCUUUUUCUGCUACCAAUGCUUUCCCGUCUUCCCUUCCCCCCUCCCACCCCCUUUUUCUGCUUCUAAUGCUUUCCCAUCACCCCUUCCCCCCUCCCCUUCCUUCCCCUUCUCUCUUCUCCCCGCAUCCCAGCCCACGAGCCACAAGGCACAGCUGAGGGAGCACCUGGAGAAGCUGCUCAGAAGCAAGCACGCCGGGGGCAAGGAGGGUCCGUCCAUACGCAGCGUCACGAUCAAAAAGCGGGUCCGGAAUGGCAAGCAGCUGUCGAUGGGGUUCGGAUUUGUGGAGUUUGGAUCGGUUCUUGCUGCACACUGCGCUUGCAAGCUGCUGCAGGGCACUGUGUUGGAUGGGCACGCGUUGCUGCUGCAGCUGAGCAAAGGGGAAGCAAAGGGGGGCGAAGGGAAGGGGGAGGCAGCAGGAGCAGGAGGCAAGGGGAAGGAGAGCUCAACGAAAGUGAUCGUGCGGAAUGUGCCAUUCGAGGCCACCAAGAGAGACAUUCAGCAACUUUUUGCACCUUUCGGGCAGCUCAAGAGCAUGCGCCUGCCGCGGAAGUUUGACGGGGGCCACAGGGGGUUUGCGUUUGUGGAGUUUGCAACAAAGAGGGAAGCAGAGAGUGCCUUUGAUGCGCUCAAGAGCACCCACCUGUACGGCCGCCACCUCGUGCUUGAACGGGCCAAGGAGGGCGAGGGGCUCGACGAGCUACGUGCCAAAACUGCCGCCCAGUUUCUGGACGGUGGGGCGGGUGGCGUGCGGCAGAAGAAGCGUGCCAAGCUGGGGCAGGGCGUGGAUGACAGUGAUGUGGCAUUCCGAGAAAUGCACUUUGCAUGA